GGCGACGAGCCGCUGCCCAGGCCCCCGCGGGGCGCUCCUCACGCCAGCGACCAGGUGUUGGGGCCGGGAGUCACCUAUGUGGUCAAGUACUUGGGAUGCAUAGAAGUUCUGCGCUCAAUGAGGUCUCUGGACUUCAGUACAAGAACUCAGAUUACCAGGGAAGCCAUCAGUCGUGUCUGCGAAGCUGUGCCAGGAGCCAAAGGAGCCUUCAGGAAGAGAAAGCCUCCGAAUAAAAUGCUGUCCAGCAUUCUGGGGAAGAGCAACCUCCAGUUCGCAGGGAUGAGCAUCUCCCUGACCAUCUCCACCGCCAGCCUGAAUCUGCGCACUCCGGACUCCAAACAGAUCAUAGCGAACCAUCACAUGCAGUCCAUCUCCUUCGCCUCGGGGGGAGACCCGGACACAACAGACUAUGUUGCCUAUGUCGCGAAGGACCCUGUUAAUCGCAGAGCUUGCCACAUUCUGGAAUGCUGUGAUGGGCUAGCCCAAGAUGUCAUUGGCUCCAUAGGACAAGCCUUUGAGCUCCGGUUCAAACAGUAUUUGCAAUGUCCUUCCAAGAUUCCUGCUCUGCAGGACCGAAUGCAGAGUCUAGAUGAGCCAUGGACUGAAGAGGAGGGAGAUGGUCCUGAUCACCCAUACUACAACAGCAUUCCCAGCAAGAUGCCCCCUCCAGGGGGAUUUCUUGAUGCUCGAUUGAAAGCCAGACCCCACGCUCCUGACGCAGCCCAGUUUGCAGGGAAAGAGCAAACUUACUACCAGGGAAGACACUUAGGAGACACCUUUGGUGAAGAUUGGCAGCGAGCACCCACCAGGCAAGGUUCCUUGGACAUCUACAGCACACCAGAAGGGAAAGGGCACAUGGCUCUGCUAGGAGAGACACCGACCUAUGUCAACACCCAGCCAGUCCCUCCACAGGUUUGGCCAGCAGCAAGCAGCAGCACUGAGAGCAGCCCACGGAAGGACCUCUUUGAUAUGAAGCCUUUUGAAGAUGCUCUCAAGAACCAGCCCCUGGGGCCCGUGUUGAGCAAGGCAGCAUCUGUGGAGUGCAUUAGCCCUGUUUCACCCAGAGCCCCAGAUGCCAAGAUGCUUGAGGAGCUUGAUGCUGAACCCUGGUACCAAGGAGAGAUGAGCAGGAAGGAGGCAGAGUCACUGUUGCAGGAAGAUGGAGACUUCCUAGUCAGAAAGAGUACUACCAACCCUGGUUCCUUUGUCCUUACGGGCAUGCACAAUGGCCAGGCCAAGCAUCUGCUGCUGGUGGACCCGGAAGGCACGAUCCGGACGAAGGACAGGGUCUUUGACAGCAUCAGCCACCUCAUCCACUACCAUCUUGAGAGCGGCCUGCCCAUCGUGUCCGCCGGGAGUGAGCUUUGCCUCCAGCAACCUGUGGAGAGGAAGCACUGAACUGACCCAGAGCCCUCCCUCUGCCUUGUGCCAGGUCAGGGGACCUGGGCUCCACUGCUCUCAGCCUAUGGGAACUGGAGCAGCUGUCUGUGGGCUUAUCACCCUUACAAAAGCCCCCCCCCCACUCCAAGGGAAAUUUCCUUUGAGGUCAAAUUUCAUAAACGUGUUCCACACAUCUCAGAUGCGUAUUAGAGGUGUAUAUACCCACACAUCCUGUACAAACGGCCCCUAUAUUUAUAUUUUUUAAGACUAAGAAAGAUGUGAGAUGAAUGCUCUAUGCUGUAUGUUUUUAGUGAGAGGCAAAUUUUGACUAUAGUUGUUCAGGCAAAACUUUGAAUUCAACUGGCCUACUGGGAAGCUUUGCUAGGAAGGUGUAGCCUGCAGUUCUAUAUAAUAAGCACAACACAGGGGAAUGCAGGUGAGCUGGCAGCUCCGGGACAAGCAGACUUGUGAUAGAAUAUGACAGCAUGCUGCCCAAACAUCUGCCCCUGCCCUACAGCUCCAUGUGAGUGCUGAUUCCAGGCUGCAGCUCUGCUCACAGAUGGAGGUGCCUCCUCCAGUUCUGGCUUCCUGGGUGCUGCCUCCCAUGCCCCAGAUUGACGCCAUGGAAGUGAGUUUUCUGUCUCAUGAUGACCCACUAAAGUCCCACUCCAAAUCAGGUGGUACUCUGCCUCUUUUCCUGGGUCAUGUUUUAGGUCAUGUUAGACCCAUGUUGUUUGGGUCAUGGGGACCUGUCACCUUUAACCCUGAUUGUGUGUGUGUGUGGAUUUGUGGCAUUCAUUUGAGGCCCAGGAUGGUACACAAUAAGGCUUAAGAGCUCUAGUUGACGCUUCCUUUGCUUUCGUCAGCGUAGUGAUAGAAUGAAUGUCUGCGAAAGGCAGGAUGUGGAAUGUGUUCCAGGUCUGCAUGUCCUUCGAGCCAGUGUGCUCGCCACAGACUGUGCAGGGAACGUCCUGGUGAGAUGGCCUCCCACCUACCUCUUGUAUUCAGUAGAACAAAAGGCAUGGGUAAGAACCCUGCAAGGCAGGUACCAGCUACUGCCCAGAAUUGAACCUUCGAGACACACCCACUGUCUGUUCCUCCCAUUUCCGUGUAUGCUCAGCACCAGGCUCCAAAGCCUUUGGUACUAGCUGGAGUGAGGGAUGGUAAGCCAUCUCCCCUCCUCUCCACAUUUUCUCAGUAGCCCAAUGAAAAGUAACCAAGCCCAUGGCCCUCUGUCUUGACCCUUUUUCUCCCAGCUCAGAAGCUGUUGAUUCAUGAGGGGUGAUUUCAUCUUUCAAAGUUGGCUGUGUCUAUGACUUUUUUUUUUU